GAUACAGCAUGUAAACAUUAGCCUCAAAUUAUUAAAAUGGGAUGCCAUGAUAUAUUAUGGGUAGUGCAUGCUGAAUAGACUUUUCUUUUUUUAAUUUGGCUUUUAAUACAAACAAGGGACACUCGAUUUUUCGUUUUAUCGGAAUGUGAUGGUAAUGUUAGCUAAACAGUAUGUGCAAGUGUAAGAAUGCUAGCAGCUAGUUAGCUCGCUGUAAAACUGGAGAGCUGGAUCACACUCAUGCGGUCGUAGUUCUUCAACAUUUCAACUGAUUUGUCCAUUCUCCUUUGCUACUGGCAACCCAAAAUCCUCCACCUAUUGUAAAGGAUGGGUGUGAAAACCUUCACUCACAACUCGCCCAGCCACAGCCAGGAGCUUUUGGAUAAGCUCAACACCCUGCGCAGUGAGGGCCACUUCUGUGACAUUACCAUUCGUGUACAAGGCCAGUUGUUUUCUGCCCACAAGGUAGUGCUAGCCUGCUGUAGUGACUUCCUUCGAGCAAAGCUGUCUGGGAAGCCAAUUGAAGAAGAGACUGUAAUUGUCGGGGACGAUAACAAACAUGUUCUGGAUCUUCAUCAUGUGACAGUUGCCGGUUUCGCUCCUCUUCUGGAAUAUGCGUACACUUCCACGCUUUCCAUUAGUACAGAGAAUAUCAUUGAUGUACUGGCUGCCGCUAGCUACAUGCAGAUGUUCGCUGUGGCCAACACUUGCUCAGAGUUCAUGAAGUCUAGUAUACUGUGGAACUCAGCAUCAGGAGGUACGAGUAGCACCCAGCCCCCAGGUUUACACAGGCCCCAAGAGACCCUUGGAGGCCAUGCAAGUUGCACACUUGCCCCUGUAGAUGCCCUCUCACCAUCCCCAGUCUCAUCAGAAUGCAGCGUACCGGAGCGGCCCAUGCCAGUGUGCCGUGAGUCUAGGCGUAAGCGCAAAGGCUUUGCUAGCCCGCAGCUAGCAACCUCUACCUCUCCACAAGUCCCCAACCCCUCUCCAUCCUCUUCCUCUUUCCCAGAGAGUUCAGCGCAGGCUCUGGAACCAUCCCUAGCCUUCUCCUGGACAUACCCUUUUGGGUUGGACCGGCGAUUUACACCAGAAAAAUCUAAAUUACCAGAAGGUCUCCUUGAACCAUCAGGAGCCACAGGGCAGGACUCUAGCGGACACGCCCUGGUGGAGUAUCUCGCUUGCGAGGGCCCACGUGGCCUGGGUAUGGGGGUUGCAGCAGGUGUAGAGGAAGACGAAGAGGAUGUACGGGUGAAGGUGGAGAGGCUGAGUGAUGAAGAAGUUCAUGAAGAGUCUUCUCAACCCAUCAGUGCUCCCCACAGUUCUCUGAGUGACCAGCAGACUGUUCCUAGCAAUGAACACACCCAAGAAGAUUUACUCAUCAGCCCCCAAUCGUCAUCCAUUGGCUCCAUGGAUGAGGGGGUGACAGAGGGUCUCCAGUCCGUUCAGGGUACUCCGAACACUACUGGCCACAUGGAGGAGGAUGAGAGGCUGGAGAAUGUCCAAUACCCAUACCACCUGUACAUCAGCCCCUCCAAUCGUCCAGGAAUCAAUGGCCCUGAACGGCCCUUCCAGUGCCCUACAUGUGGUGUCCGCUUCACCCGAAUACAGAACCUUAAACAACACAUGCUUAUCCACUCUGGUAUUAAGCCAUUCCAAUGUGACCGCUGCGGGAAAAAGUUUACGCGGGCUUACUCCCUGAAGAUGCACCGGCUGAAGCACGAAGGUAAACGCUGUUUCCGGUGCCAGAUCUGUAGCGCCACUUUCACUUCCUUCGGUGAAUAUAAGCACCACAUGAGGGUGUCUCGCCACAUCAUCCGCAAGCCUCGGAUUUACGAGUGCAAAACGUGCGGCGCCAUGUUUACCAACUCCGGCAAUUUAAUCGUACACCUGAGGAGUCUCAACCAUGAGGCGUCAGAACUAGCAAACUACUUCCAGACCAGUGAGUUCCUCCUCCCAGACUACCUGAGCCACAUGCAAGAGGAAGAGGGGCUGGGACAAUUUGAGAUGAGUGAGCAGACCUUUGAAGCCGCCUCCUCCUCUUCCUCAGUUCAAACUCCUGUUAUCUCCCAAGUCUCCUCUACCAUGAACUAUGAGAGCCACCCUCCUGCACCUCCACCCCAAACCCCAAACCUCAGAUCAGGGCUCAGAGGAGAGCCAGAGGACCACCCAAAGUCCACCACUGCUGUUACAUCUCUGCAAGACCCGGAGGAAGACAAGGGAGGGGAGAGAGAGGGAAGAAAGCAGAAGAAAGCACUUGUGUCAAUUACAAUUGAGUGAAACUUUUCCACACCUAUACAUGUAUAAUAACAAUCUUUUGCAAUCCUGUUGAACACACUGGGAAUGCAACUCAAUACGUCUGUUGUCGACAGCUUGUUUUGAAUUACAUUUUAACAGCUAUGUUUCAUUAUGAAAAAUUGUGAUUCGGUUUGAUUUUUGUUCAUUCUGAUUUGUUGGUGUUAUUUUAAAAUUGUAUCACAUUUUAUAUGAAUUUAUGUGCAAAUCUUUCUGAAAGAUGAUUACAGUUCUAAACUUUGAAAAAAAAUUAUAUAAUAAAUGUCACGUUUUAUUAGUAACCCAUGAAUUUCUCAGAUUUGUACUGAAUUUGUUCUUCGGAGCACAUUUUCCUUAUUUAAAUAUAUCUUAAUAUCCUAUUAAUACCUCAAUUCUUUUUAAUAUCCCACUUUGUGGUAAUUUGUCAAAGUAUAAAAUAAUCAAAAGUUGACAUCUGAAGACAAGCUGAUUUUUUUGGAAUGUAUUUUUAUUUUUUCUCCGCUGGUCAUAGGAUUGUGAUUCCUUUUAUUGUGCUAUUGCCUUCUUUCUUUUUUUUCUCCUACUCAUGCCUGUUUAAUCUUAAUGUUGUGCACCUUAAUCAUACUGCCAUACAAAGGCAAAACACAGUAACUAUGUCAGUACUGAAAUUGAAAAAAAAGCCUUAAUUUUUCUUUUGUCUUAGUGUGUAUUUUGUAGUUCCUGCAAUUUUCACUCUCCAUUUUCUCUAAAUCUGAGCAUAAUUAAGCCAGACCCAUCUACCACGUGACUGAUCGUUGUCUAAGAGACCCAAUUUCUGUCAUGAAUCAAUUUUGACAAAAUGUUAUUGCAUUUUUCCAUUUCACGGCAGCAUCGCAUACUGCCCCUUCUAACUCUAAACAAAUCUAUUAUAAAUUACAAAGCUGCCACCCUCUAAGGACCGUUCCUGAAAAUGUGAAAGACUGUGUUACUACUACCAUGCCUGUUCAGAGCUGAAACAAAACAGACUGCUGUCAAGUAUGGUUACCUUUAAACCUGCCUGGCACAAAACAACAGCAAAAACCUGUUAAUGUAUUGGUGCGCAUUUAAAGCGACUAAUCUUAGGAAUUUUAAAUUGUUUUGAAUAUGUACAUGUGAUUAGAGAUGUAUUCAUUCCUUUUCCCCAUACCCCUUUUUUCUGCUGUAUGUCUAAUGCUGCUAAAUUUUGUAAACUGUGCCUCUUACCCAGCUCUCAGAACCACUCUUUAAUUUUAUCUAAAGAGCUGUACAUGAAUUCUUUUGGCUUAACAUUCUCCUUUAAUUGCGACAUUUGGAAGAAAGGUUUAAUGGGUAACAUUUUAAUAGAGUGGAGAAAAGAUUAUAUUUUCAUAGCAUUUCCAUUUUAUUGCUGUUGGAAUUAUAAUAUGGAUUUUUUUUCUCUAUAACUUGAUGCCAUAAUCGUAUCUGCAUAACAGUCUCCCAACAACGUUUAUGAAUAUCUUGUGACUAUAGCAUGAGCCUUGAUUGAAGAUAAAAGUUGCGAAUGUGGAAAAUGUAGCAUUUGUUUUGUUUGGUGGUUUUUUGAUCGAAUAUCUCUUAUGUAGAACGUGUAAAUUGUUUUCUCGAUGUGAUAUUGCACUUGGCAAUCCAUGAAUUUAGAAGCUGCUCCAUUCCAACAUGAUUUUCUCAAAAUGUAGGAAACAAAAAAAAUAAUAUGCUUUGUGCAAUAUGGUUUAAGCAAAAUAAUGUGAAUUGAAACCUUUUAUACUGCAGUGGACAAUGAGCUAUAUGGCUGAAGAUAAAGAAAUACAGGAGGGUGUGAGAAUAAGCUUUAACGAAAAAAACACCUUUAUAGACAAUUCAUCAGAUUUGUUAAUGUGCGUAAAUAACAAAAGUUGCAUUGGCUUUAGUGUUACAAAAACUAGGGUGCAAUAUCCUUCUCUGAUGUCAUUUCCCUUGAGACAGUCUCAUGCUCUACAUUUUUGUGACUGCAGCUAUUGCUCAAGCUCAAUUAUUUCAUAGUCUGAGAGUUUGUAGUGACGCAUUUUCCAUAAAACAAUAUUGGCCAUCUGUCCCAGAUUGCUCUAUGUGUUGCGUGCAUGUUUUCCCUGUGCAAAAGAAAUAUGGAAAAUCAGUAUAGCAUGGGUUGAUUUGUUUGUUGAAUGUUGUUUCAGAUAUGUGCAAGUACCAUUUUGUACACAAUAUUCAGUCUUUGACGUUCAAUUGUUUGAGCAAAGAGAAAAGUUAUUUCAGUUGUCAUAAUGCAUUUUUCUGAUUCUGUAUUGAUAACGGUUACCUUGAAAAGUGUCAAUUUGUACAUUUGUAAUAUCAACGUGUGUUACUUUAUUGAGCCUUGUAGUUUUCGCUUUUGUGACAAUGUCUUAUUGGUAUAUACUCUAUUUUUGUUUCUCUCUUUUUUUAAAAGCCUAGUUUUGGUUGUAUCUUGUGCCUUUGGAUAUUGGAUCUGUAUUGUAUUGGCAAAAUAUGCAUUGAUAUGAAUUCAUAAUGUUUUGUAGACAGAAUGCUGGUAGACUUCAAAUGUAGCUCAAAACAAAAAAUAUGUUUCAAGUGCUAUUCGACACAUGGUUUAAACUGUUUUGUGUUUAUUUUCAUAAAGACAAAUGUAUUAGUCGUUUUGUAUCUCUUCAGUGGUUCUUAUCAGUUCCUGUACCAAUUCAGAUUUAUUGAAAGAUUUUUUGUAAAAACAGAACAUUAAAUUUUAAAGUAAAUGUU